AUAAUACCAAUAGAAAAGUAACAUUAUUUAUUAUUAAAAAAAAAACAAAGUACUGUCAUUCAUUGUUAUAUUUACUGAACUUACUAUUUAAUUGUAAAGUACAUUUAUUUUUUAAAUUAUACUUUGAUAUCUAUUUAAACUUUUUUUUUUUUUUUUUAAUUCAGUAUUUUAUCUAUCCCGUUACUUCUACUGCAUUGGAUUUUACUCAUCUCAGGAGGAUUAAAAUAUUGGAAAGCAAGGUCAUUUUACAUAUUGUUUAAUUAAAGGAGUUAACAAUAUUAACGCUGUUGUAGAAUCGUGAGGGACUGACCGUACAGCACUAGCAAGGACACAAGGACAAAGAGAGCACGAGAACUCAGAAGCAAGAGGAGGAUAGAACCCGUGAGGCUACACUAAAGAAUAAAGAAGACAUUUCCUUUGGAUUGCUUUUAAAGAUGAAGCAAGGCACUGCAAAAACAGAGAUGAGCCGGUUUAACAUUUCACCAGAGGAGGACAGCACUGGCAGCUCCAACAGCAACGAAUAUGGCUACGCUGAUUGUACCACUACAAAAGCCCCCAUUAGCAGUCAAUAUCAAGAUAUGGACCCAGAGAGCCAGAAUUUCCUCCCAGACUACCACCUUGGAAAGAAAAAAUAUGAAACUGAAUAUUCUCCCGGUACAACCUCAUUUGGAAUGUCAGUAUUCAAUCUUGGCAACGCCAUCAUGGGUAGUGGCAUCCUGGGACUUUCUUACGCCAUGGCGAACACUGGAAUUGCACUUUUUGUGAUCCUCUUGAUUGCUGUGUCUAUAUUUUCCCUGUAUUCUGUACAUCUUCUGCUGAAAACUGCAAAUGAAGGAGGAUCAUUACUGUAUGAACAGCUGGGAUACAAGGCAUUUGGCAUGCCAGGAAAACUGGCUGCUUCUCUUUCAAUCACAAUGCAGAAUAUUGGCGCUAUGUCAAGCUACCUCUACAUUGUGAAGUAUGAGCUGCCAAUUGUAAUCCGAGCGUUCCUGGGCAUGAACGAAAAUACUGGAGAGUGGUAUAUCAACGGAGACUAUCUUGUUCUGACAGUGUCCCUUCUCAUUAUCCUACCAUUGUCCUUGUUAAGAAACCUUGGGUAUCUUGGCUAUACCAGUGGCUUCUCCUUGCUCUGUAUGGUCUUCUUUGUUAUUGUUGUUAUCUACAAGUCAUUCCAAAUUUCCUGCUCUCUGAUUUUUGAAAAUGAUGCUCUUAACGCGACUCUGAACUACACUGUAGCUCACGUUGCAGCUGCAGUUCAUGAAACGGCUGUGACAGUGCACAAUGUCUCUUCUGAUGAGGACACGUGCACAGCCAAGUAUUUUGUCUGGAACUCCCAGACUGUCUAUGCUGUGCCGAUCCUGACCUUUGCCUUCGUGUGCCACCCUGCUGUGUUACCUAUCUACGAGGAGCUGAAAGAUCGUUCCCGCAAGAGGAUGCAGAACGUGUCGAACGUUUCCUUCUUUGCCAUGCUUAUCAUGUACCUCCUGGCUGCUCUUUUUGGAUAUAUAACUUUCGGAAACAACGUGGAACCAGAGCUCCUUCACACUUACUCCAGGGUUUACAAGUUUGAUGUCGUCCUCCUUAUUGUGCGCCUUGCAGUGCUGACCGCUGUCACGCUCACAGUCCCUGUUGUGCUGUUUCCCAUCCGUACAUCAGUUAAUCAGCUGCUGUGCGCCUCAAAGGAAUUCAGCUGGGUCCGUCAUACCAUUAUCACUUUCGUUCUCUUGGGCUUUACCAACAUACUUGUUAUUUUCGUGCCCACAAUCAGGGACAUCUUUGGAUUCGUUGGUGCUUCCGCUGCUGCUAUGCUCAUCUUUAUUCUCCCCUCUGCAUUUUACAUCAAGCUGGUGAAGAAGGAACCAAUGAAGUCAGUUCAGAAGAUUGGGGCUGUAAUCUUCUGUAUCAGCGGCUUCUUCGUUAUGAUUGGAAGCAUGACCCUGAUCAUCCUGGAUUGGACCCAGAAUGCUGCUAUGGCUGACGGCCAUUAAACAAACCUGGAAGUCACUGUCUUCUGGCUGCAAUGUAAUCCUUACUAAACAGUGACUUUACCCACACUGACAAAAAAAAAAAAACACAAAAAAAAAUGCAUACCUAUUCUUAAAAAAAAAAAAAAUAGCAGAGAAAACUGUUUUUUUUGGUGGAUGAACAGCUUGGAUUGCAAAGACUGCAUUACAAAGUACAUUUUUGCUCUACCACAGCCAAUGGGCAGCGACUUAUACCAUUCCAAGAGAAUGUAAUAGACUCUGUACAGUAUGCUAUUAGGCCACAUGGAUGGCAUUUAAAACUGUUCCUGUUUCCAGUGAUAUAUAUUUUUUAUGACAGUUUCUUCUUUUUUGUGUUAGUUACAGUACUAUAUUUUGAAUGUGUCUAAAGCAGGGGCAUACAUCUAAGCCUAAAAUGCAGCUAUGAAGUUCCAGUUCAGGUAUUUGCAUGUGUUUUUUGUGCAUACUGUAUUUGGGCACAACUGUAGUUUUCACUUCCUGAUUGUCAGCUGGUGCCCCUUAAAAGGGAAUUACCAGAUUUAAAGAAAAAAAAAAAAAAAUGUGUAUGAAGCAGAGUUAUUGAGUCCUAUACAGACUGUAUUCAAAAGUUAAAGCACUUCUGCUUUACUUGGCCAAAAAUAAUUAAGAAAUAAGUAUUUACUUGUAUUUUUAAGGAUGUAUCUUCCUUACACUACUUUUAAUUCAGGUUUAUCAAGUGUCAGAGCAAUUUUAUCAAUGACUUUUUAACAGUGUUAAACCCCAAAGGUUAGCUGCGCUUGGUAAUGUAAUUAGCUUUAGUGAAAAAAAAAAACAUCAAAUUUAAUAAAACCUGUUUAUAAGAGUCUUUAUAGUGACGUAUUUGUGAAGUGUAUAAUUAGACUAUCUACAGAGGUACAAUGUCAAUAGAAUGGCUUUAUAAACAGGUUCUGUCGUAUUCUAGUUCUUCAUCUCUGCUCUACAGUAUUAAAAGCACGAUGUUUGAACUGAUCAAGCCUACUUUGUAAAGAGGGUGCAGUAAUAAAAGAAACGUAGUUGGAGAGACAUAACAAAACAGGUGCCAUCACAAGUACCUUCAUUUAUUUCUUGCCAGCCACUAACUUGUUUGCAUUUAAUUUGAUUUUUUCGCUAUAUGUGACUACUUUAAAUGUAAAACUGCACAUGAAAAACAGUAAUGGGAUUAUACCUUGAAGAGGCUACCGGAUAUAAGUGAAAAGUGCACAUAAAAUGUCACUGCCUGUUCCUGUAGCUUACAGCAGCAACGUUUCCUGUUUUUACAACCUAGUCAAAAUGUGAUGCUUUAUUUAUAAGUUGAUUGCUUUUCUUUGAACACAGGCUCUUAAAGAUGCAUGUAAUGUAUAUGGCUUCCCUGUGUGUUGCGUUAUGUUUACAGAAAUAUGAAAGCAUCUCGAUGGGACCUACUAUGUGAAAAUUACAACUGCUGUUCUACUGUCACCUCAUGUUUAAAGGUGUACUGUGCUUCUGAUACAAAUUUCAGCAGUUGAUGGCGUUAUAUUGUCCUGCGAUAUUUAUGGAACAACAUGACAUAAGCGUAAUUUAAUCUAUUUUACUAUAUUUAUAUAAAAUGUAUAUAUGUAUAUUUAUAUUGGUUUGAAUGUAUAUAUAUUUUUUUUUUUUGUUGUUGUUUUUUUUAUAUUAUCUUUUUUGCAAGUUGUUAAAUAUUGCGGACCUGACCAGGGCUGCUAAUUUCAAGUUUCAUUAAGAGCCUGUUGAUUUCUCCCACCAGUCGUAAUGGAUCAGCUAGCUUUUAUCUUCUUAGUAGUGAAAGCUAUCCCUCAGACCACUAAUUGUAAUUCAAGCAAAACGUGUGAUAUUUUAAGUAGAAAACAAAAACAAUAAACAUAUAGAUUAUUGAGUAGCACAUUUAUUUUGUAUUAUUAUUAUUAUUAUUAUUAUUAUUAUUAUUAUUAUUAUUAUUAUUAUUAUUAAUAUUUGUUGUCGUCAUCGUCCACCCCCAAUGGGUGCUGCCAAUUUGGAAACAAUUUAGAGGGCACACAUUAAGUAUUGUUCUCAUUUUGACUGUAGAGCUCUGUUGAACUUGAGUAAGUCCAUAGCAAACUAUGGCUAUUCACUGUCACUUGAACUUUAUAUUGCUGAUGAUUGCUGUUAAACAUAAUUAUCCUCAACUCAAUGUCAUCUACCUUUUUGCUAAAAACCUAAUUACACCUGAUAGACGUACUACAGAUCGAUUAAUGUCAGUGAAGUCUUGCUUUUGCUAGUUUACAAUGGUUUGUGUACACUGUAGAAAUACUGUAUGUGUUGGUCCUGCAUACAUGUUUUCUGUAUUCCAUUAUGUAUGUAUAUUUCAGCACUGUUGGCGAGUAAGCAAACUAGAAAUAUCAUCGAGGCAGAGAGAAAGAGAGCAUUAACAUCUGUGCUGUACUCUUGUUUCAAUGAAACAUUAUGUAGAUCCUGUAAUUAUAACUAAAUAAAAGUUAUAUAUAGUGUAAACCCUAA